AUGUUAGGCUUUAAAGUGGUGGUAAUCGGCGUGUUACUGGCUUCGCAAUGCUCUUCAAACAUCUUUCUGGAGUUUAGUGGAGGAGUCGGAUAUCCGCCUAGAGGUAAGAGGAUAGUUUUUAAACUGAUUAAAAUCGUUAAUGUGGUCGGAAGCCAAUGCCUCAUAUGAUUAGUGUCUGAGUCAUCCAAACGCCUCUUUCAGUCGCCCUUACAAUAAAUAAUCAACGACUUGAUUUCGCUUUGAACAGUGCCAGUGCGUUACUUUGGGUGUAUGAUCACUGUAGUUUGUUGAGGGAAGUGGAGUGCAAAAAAUUCUGCGAGAAUGGUGAGUUUUGGGUGUUUUAAACCCGAAUUAAAAUUGGGCUACAUAAUUUUGAGAGGUCGUUCAGAGAUGAAUGAUUCUUUUACCUAUUGUCCUUACAAAUAUUGUAAGGACUUUCUUACAAUAUCAGAUUUUCUUUAAAUUUUGCACACACUUUGGGCAUAGACUAUAUAUCAAUUCCUCAAAGUUUUAGCUCGCGCUUUGAAGGCGAAGCCGAGAUAUUCAACAAUCUUUGCGGCCGAGAGAGUACGCUAAAAGCGGAGAGCGGUCGGAGAGAAAUACACUUUGGCGGUAACUUCGCUAGUUUCGAGCGGAAGAAAUUGAUUUUUGUAGAGUGAUUAACUUCUAUAGUAGAAAUAUACUGCCCGACAAUUAAAAGUGAAGUCUCGAUUCUGAGCCCGAUAUUGCCCUGAGGCACAAGGUGUUCCCCCAGGCCUCUUCGGUACCCUACGCCGAUACAGAGUGCCAAUUUUCAGACAUGUGCACUUUAAACGCACUGUGCAACGGGCGAUUGAAAAAUUUUUGGGCGACAAUUAAAAGUGAAGUUUUUAAUUUUUGGACUUACCUGACCUUUUGAGGGAUCUGUUGGGACGGAAACCGUGCAGAGACAUAGUCAAGGUUACAGUGAAGAGCCCUAGACACAAUUUACGAAAAUUGUCCAAAUUUUAUGGUACCAUUUCCCGGCAUCAAGGCGCGGGGUUUAGGUGCCACAAAACGGGGCCUUUAGGCACUAUUUGUUGUAAGACUGGUAAUUUUAUGAUGCUGAGUGCAUCUUGUGACAUUGUUUGUCCAAAUAAUGCUGCGAGUAUGUCAAGUUUUGGUGCGCUUCGAAGCGUUCUUGUUGAUAUGGAUAACGGCUAGGUGCCUAUUUCGACUUAUAACGUAGCAGGAACCAGUACCCCUCUCGGUUUGAUAGUAGGAUCGGGGUGGAUAGACAUCCUUCUUUCCUAAAAAUUUUACUUUUUAUGUUAUCGCUCCUUUUAGAGCCAAGAGUAGCGGGUAUCACGACGGUUUCCUAAAGUUGCUGAAAUUUACCGUCCAUAACCGAAGUGUAACGCCAUGGUUUUGGUUUUAAUGGCCCAAAACCCCUUCACAUGAUUUUUCUGGAUAUAAAUUAGUCAAAAACAACAUCAUUAAUUUCAAUUUUGCUGCAUCGAGUUAUGCGAAAAAUUCUUAUAUACCAAGUUAAGUAAAGUGUAUGGUAAAAACGGGGUAAGUACGCACCUCCAAGUAAACAACGCUGUUUUUAGCUGCUAAGAGGGUGAUCGAAAAGUACAAGACAAAAUUUGCGCUGAUUCUGCAUCUCAUCUUUCGAAAUUGCAUCGAUAUUCUCCUUGACUAGUACCGUUGUCGAUAAGCACGCUUUGAAGCGGGCCAAAAUUUGACAAACUCGCAGCAUUAUUUGUAUGAAGAUAGUCAGAAAAUGUAUUCAGCAUCAUAAAAUUACCAGUCUUACAACAAAUAGUGCCUAAAGGCCCCGUUUUGUGGCACCUAAACCCCGCGCCUUGAUGCCGGGAAAUGGUACCAUAAAAUUUGGACAAUUUUCGUAAAUUGUGUCUAGGGCUCUUCACUGUAACCUUGACUAUGUCUCUGCACGGUUUCCGUCCCAACAGAUCCCUCAAAAGGUCAGGUAAGUCCAAAAAUUAAAAACUUCACUUUUAAUUGUCGCCCAAAAAUUUUUCAAUCGCCCGUUGCACAGUGCGUUUAAAGUGCACAUGUCUGAAAAUUGGCACUCUGUAUCGGCGUAGGGUACCGAAGAGGCCUGGGGGAACACCUUGUGCCUCAGGGCAAUAUCGGGCUCAGAAUCGAGACUUCACUUUUAAUUGUCGGGCAGUAUAAGCAUGAAACUUUUCGUUCCGAAAUUCGACAAAAAGUCUGAAAUUUUUGUCAACUUUCGAUCUAAAAAUUUCGGUGGUUUCUGCAAAGCGCGUGCUAGGUUCUCGCACAUAUUUUAGAAAAAAAUAUUCUAAAUUUUGCGCCAAGUUUCAUCUAAAUCUGAGCGUCGCACUUGAGGUACUUUCCUUGUUAGCAGAGUCAUCAAAAGCUAUAUUUGAAAGGUAGGCCAGAAUUUUUGAAGCCGCCCGUUGAGACUUGAAAUCUUUGAAGCCCGGUUGCCGUGCUUAAAUUUUCGGCUUAGCCGAGGCUGCCGGGCGUUGCCUUUAAACUUUUCCUCGCGCACCUCUGUGCACACUCUACAAAACCGUUUUUCAAGGCUACAAAGUCUGCCUGCUCUCUGAACACACCUCAAUAACAUACAGAAUUUUUUAUCAGCAGGGGUUUUCCCUUUUUGUUUGCGGCCUAAUCCCUGCUCUAAAAGGGCUAAAAAUAAACUUGUAAUGAGAUAGUUAUACAUACCAUAUAUUGCAAUAUCAUUACCAUUGAUUAAUACAGUUUGGAUAGUAUCGCAGCAACCUUUUUCAGCCCAAUUUUGCAGUAUGUUCUGUGAUCUCAAGUGCUGCACAGGAAUCCCGCUAAUCCACGACGAUCAGGACUCUUAUUGGAAGAACGCUUUCAACGCCUCUGAUUACUCGUUGAAUGAAGAGAAUUUGGAGAAAUUCAACGUCCACAAAACGGGCGGAGGACUGGCCCAAGGAGUCUAUCUUCGGGGGAACCUUUCCUUUUGCGACAACACAUUGGUCGAUCAUGUUUUCGGCCUUGUGCGAUACGCCAACUCGGAUAUGAUUGUGCAAGUUUUCGCUAAUGGAGAAAUGGGCUUGGGGGUGUCGACAACUCGGCCAGCGUGGUUUCAACGUGCUUUUGAGGAGGGCUUUUUGAGAGAGCCAGUGUUUAGCAUGCAUACAGUAAAACGCUAUAAAGGUAAGAGCAUAUAAUAACCUUUCCUUCAUGAUGUUUUGCACGCACUAGUCACAUACAAUGGCGGACUUGAUCCAGUGGCAAAAAACGUAACAUUUUGCAUCCGGGAAGCAUUAAAAAUGUGGCAAAAUACCUGCAUCUCCAAGUGAAAAAACUCCGGUUCCAAAUGCCCGCCCCUUCUUUUUGCGAGGGAAAUUCAAAACGGAGCUUUUUUAGUUGGAGAGGGAGGUAUUUUGCCAUAUUUUUUGAUACUUCCCGGAUGCAAAAUGGUACGUUUUUUGCCACUGGAUCCGUCACUGCAUUUGUAUGCUAUUUUUUUGACAUACAACGCACACAUUGUCUUGUUUUUGAAUCCCAAUUUUUUUGAGCAACCCUCACCGUUCACAUUUUCAGCUUAUGACCAAGGACUGUUGUCAUUCGGGGAGAGCACUUGCACCGAGCCAAUCACUUGGUAUGACAGCAUGACCGACAAUGCCUGGAUUGUUCCAGUCAACGGCGUAACGCUGAACGGGCAGUCCUUUCCGGUCCAACACAGGGUAAGCUACAGAAUCAUGCUCUUCAUAGUCGACGAAAAGAAUUAAGCUUAUGAACGGGACUAAUUGAAUAUGAUCCAGUGGCAAAGAACGUACGAUUUCGCAUCCGGGAGGUAUCAAAAAUGUGGCAAAAUGCUUCCCUCUCCAACUAAAAACACUCCGUUUUGAAGGGCGCGCCCUUUCCCUCAUAAAAAGAGCGGACGCGCUUUUGAAAUCGGGGGGUUUUUCACUCGGACAGGGAAGCAAGCUGUAGUAGGUGUGAAACCCUGAAAAACAUUAACUUUUCAUUUUGCAAUUCAAAAACUGCGUAAAAUUCCCAUUUCUCUCAGUAUUCCAGUAUAAAAGGCUCCAUAAUUUUUGCCGCGUUUUUGCCACUGAAUCAGGUCCCCACUGUAUUGUCCGUCACACAAUCAAGACAAAGUUUUGUCACCCAAAAAAUAUGAUUAAAAAUUGACCGUAGUUUUCCAGGCGAUCCUCCAACUGAAUGCAAUGCAUAUUCACAUUCCCUCUUGCACUUCGCCGAGGAUUAUGCGAGAAAUGAGGACGUUCUACAACGCCUCUCUGAAUGCUUACUACUACGAUGAUGUGGACAGUAAUUUCACCGACUUUUGUUUACACAUCGGUGGGAAGGAGCACUGCAUUGACAGCAACAGCUUAAUCGAUGGAAUGAGCGGGGGAAACCGGAAGAGAGAGAUCUUGUUUAAGCAGUGUGACAAAGGACAGUAUUUGGACGAGCCCGACUGGCUAUUGGGUGGGUUUCAAAAGUAGUCCUGUUUUUUUAAAAUUUACAGGGGAGGUACCCCAAGUGUGACGCUCAGAUUUUGAUGAAACUUGGCACAAACUUAGAAUAUUUUUUGCUAAAAAAUAUGCGGGAAUCCUAGUUAGCGCUUUGCAAAAACAGCCGAGAUUUUUAGAUCGAAAGUUGGCAAAAAAUUGACACUUUUUGCUGAAUUUCGGCACGAAAAUUUGAUGCCUGUUUCUACCAUAGAGGGUAAUGUUUCCACAAAAAAUAAAUUUUUUUGUGCGAAACUAGCGAAGUUAUGGCCAAAACUGUUUUUUUCUCUGACCGCUAUCCGCGAUUUGUGUACUCUCUCGGCGGCAAAAAUCGAUGAAUAUCUCGACGGCGCUCGAAAAUCGCGAGCUAAAACUUUUAGGAAUUGAUACUUAAUUCAUGACCGACGUGUGUGCAAAAUUUAAAGAAAAUCUGAGCAUCGCACUUAUGGUGCUUCCCUUGUUAGUUUUAUUAGAAAUUUUUAAUAUUACUUCUAUUUAGCAAAGUGAAUUUUGUAUUAUAGGGAUGCCAUUUUUCCGUGAAAGAUGCAUCGUCCAUGACUUUGAAAGAAUGCGGGUUGGAAUCGCGCGCUCAACUUUAACGAAAGACAGAAUACGAAAAAUGGACAAUGGAGAUUGCCAGUUCGAAAUCUAA